UUGAGUAGGUAAUAUUACUGUAGAACACAGCACAAAUUCCAUUUUCUCUUUUUUAUCAACACAAUCGCAAGUCAAAGAGUUCGUCUUUCAUUCUUCCUCUUUCCCUUGAGGAUCAAUCACCAUUUUUCAGAAAAAAAAAGGAUUUCGCAGAUAUUCAAACUACUCCAGAAAUUGAAUUCAGUCAUUCGUUAGAAUUGGGAUUAAUUGAAUUGGUUGACUAAGUCGAUGGCGCUCUCAAGGCUUCGACAACCAUUAUUGUCACGCGUUCCAUUGCUCAGAGUUCGUCUUUUCUCGUCUUCGAUACCAUCCAUAUCAAGAUACUAUGUUCCUCGAGCUUUAUCCACGGAUGGAAAUGGGGGUUUGCUAAGGUGUACGUCAGUAUCUGUGGUUACUGGUUUUUUAGGAGACUUGUCUAAGAUCAAGUUUCAGUUUGGGGCUCGGUACAUGUCAUCAGCAGAUAUACCUUCACACAUAGUCCUCGAAAUGCCUGCUUUGUCCCCAACUAUGAAUCAAGGAAACAUUACAAAAUGGAAGAAAAAAGAAGGAGAUAAGAUUGCUGUGGGUGAUGUUCUAUGUGAGAUAGAGACUGAUAAAGCUACCGUGGAGUUUGAAAGCCUUGAAGAAGGGUAUCUAGCAAAGAUUCUGGUACCUGAAGGUUCAAAUGAUAUACCUGUAGGACAAGCAAUUGCAAUAACGGUCGAGGACCCUGAUAAUAUAACAAAAGUUCCUGCUAUUAGUGGUGGGUCAGAAGUUAAAGAGGCAAAUGCAGCUCCACAAGAUGUUGCAUCUCAAGAUAAAGAGUUGGAAACCAGUGCUGUUAAGAUUGACACCUCAGAGCUCCCUGCUCACGCUGUUCUUGAUAUGCCAGCACUAUCGCCAACAAUGAACCAAGGAAAUAUUGCAAAAUGGAUUAAGAAAGAAGGGGACAAGAUAGAAGUCGGUGAUAUUCUAUGUGAAAUAGAAACAGACAAAGCUACUCUUGAGUAUGAAAGUCUUGAAGAGGGGUAUCUUGCAGUAAUUUUGGCACCUGAUUGUUCAAAAGAUGUCAUUGUGGGUCAACCAAUUGCAGUAACUGUGGAGGCCUCAGAGGAUAUUGAAACCGUAAAGGCAUCAUACAGCUCUCGCCCUGUAGCAAAAGAAGAGAAGUCAGUAGCUCUACCACAGAAAAAUGAACUUAAAGAGCAGAAAAGCAUCAUUAACAGAAUUAGUCCGUCUGCAAAGUUGCUGAUUUCAGAGUUUGGUCUUGAUGUGUCAUUGCUUAAUCCAUCAGGGCCUCGUGGUACCUUGUUAAAGGGAGAUGUUUUGGCUGCACUACAGUCAGGGAAGGGGUCAUCUACUACUGCUGCACCAAAGGAGCAAUCCCCAUCACCGUCAAUUCUGCAAAGUAAACCUUCUAGUGCACCGGAGUCCGCUUUGUAUGAAGAUUUUUCAAAUAGCCAAAUUCGGAAGGUUAUUGCAAAACGUUUGUUGGAAUCAAAACAAAGUACACCACAUCUUUACCUAUCUACAGAUGUUAUACUAGAUCCUCUGAUGUCAUUCAGGAAGGAACUUAUAGAAAAGCAUAAUGUCAAGGUAUCAGUAAAUGACAUUGUCAUCAAAGCUGUUGCUAUUGCUUUGCGCAAUGUGCCAGAUGCGAAUGGCUUUUGGGAUGCUGAGAAGGGUGAAACUAUCAUCAAUGAUUCUGUUGAUAUAUCAAUUGCAGUGGCUACUGAGAAGGGACUGAUGACUCCUAUUAUAAGGAAUGCUGACCAGAAGACCAUAUCUGCAAUAUCGUCAGAGGUUAAAGAAUUGGCUGAAAAGGCUAGGGCCGGAAAGUUGAAACCCAAUGAGUUUCAAGGUGGAACAUUCAGCAUCUCAAAUCUAGGAAUGUUCCCAGUGGACAACUUCUGCGCAAUUAUUAACCCUCCGCAGGCUGGGAUUCUUGCAGUUGGGCGAGGGAACAAGGUUGUUGAACCUGUGGUUGGAAGUAAUGGAAUUGAAGAACCUGCUGUUGUUACAAAAAUGAACUUGACACUAUCUGCUGAUCAUCGUGUUUUUGAUGGAAAAGUUGGAGGGGAAUUCCUCACAGCUUUACAAGCGAACUUUGGUGAUAUGAGAAGGUUGCUUUUGUAAUAAGAGAUACCUCUAAUACCAAAUUCUCCCACAUACAAAUAACACAGAUGUGAUUAUUGUUAAUUUCAUCAACAAUAUCUAAUUGACAGGAAGGUCCAACUCACAAUUUUGGUUUGAAUUUUUUUUUUUUUUUGGUCAUGGAAAUCCUUCAUUGAGGUUGUAUUAAAUUUAUCAGGGAACAAAUGUGCACAAGAGCUUGGAACAUUUUGUUUCGAUACAUCAUUAAUUAAAUAAAUUAGCAUCUUUUUCAAAGGCGAAAUAUGUAAUUGUGUGAUCUUUUCAUGUGCAUCAAUGCAUACUUUACUAGUUUGUAAAUCAAGAAUAUAGUUAGUUCAGUGCACCAUAUUCUCAAGGGUCGUAGUCCUUUGGCUUGUA